CGGCAACGGCAACAAUGAAAACACAACAAACAUUUUUUGAAAGAAUCAACAAGCGAUUCGGUAAAAAAUCAAUAAAUUCGUGUAAAUUUGCGGCUUUUUUCAUAAUUGCGGCCUAAAAGUUAUAAUGUUCAGUGAAAAUGUUCAAGAUGCAUACACUUCUGACAGUUCUCUCAGUUGUGUCUCUUUUUUUAUCGUACUGUGUUUCAAUACCACCGUCAAUCGCUCCUGUAGUAAAUGUCCAUAAAUGCUGUCCAGCUAACCAGUACGUUUUGGACAAUAUAACUCACUCAGUAUGUCAAAAUUUAACAAAUUCGGAAGAAUCGUGGGUGGCUCGUUUCGAGGAUGAUCCUGAAGACCCACCAAAAAUCAAACUCAUCACCAAUCCUCUAAUAUGUAAAACGAUCACCCCGUGGAGGGUAGACGAUCUACCAUCCAGUUGUGAUCGUCUACUCUUACUCAGAGAUGGUAGACUUAGACACAUAGUUCAUCAAGAAGACGCAGAAGAAUCUUGCAGAGAAAAUGAAGAUGAUAAACAGCAGUGGGAUUUUUCUCUUACAGAAUACUGUAUUGACAAGGUGGUUUUCAACGAUACAAAAAUCGAAGGACAAAUUGGAAUGUUGUGUGUACCAAAAGCGGAAUUUUCAUGGAAUGGCAUGAGCAAAUUAAUAAAACGAAUAAUAAACCCAGUUUUCCAUAUUCUAUCAGUAAUUCUUUUACUGACAGUUGCACUGAUUUAUUUUGUUUUACCCCAGCUUUGUGAUUUGAUUGGUAACAUAGUUACCACAAUCGCUGUAUGUUUAAUUUGCAUCGAAGUGGCAAAUAUUGUACAUAUUUUUGUCGAAUUCCAUAGUGAGAUUAGUUAUUUAACAGUUGACUCGGGCAUACAUAUCAGCACAUUGUGUGCUUUCUUUUGGUUGAAUAGUUUCGGAUAUUACAUAUGGAAAACAUUCAGGUCACGAAACGUGUUCCUGAGGAUUACCGACGGAAAGAAAUACUGUUAUUAUUCUUGUUACGUAUGGACAUCAACGCUUAGCAUGUCGAGUUUAGCAUUAUUUUCUCAUAUUAUAUUUGACAAUACUAAUUUACGAAAAGAAUCAAAAAAAGUUACUGAAUCGACGAUAGGAGAAAUCGGUGUAGCAGUAUUUUUUACAACAAUAGCAGUAUUAAUUUUGAUCAACGUAUUUUUCUGCCUGUCUACUUUACAAAUUAUUAAUCGAAUGUCAACUUAUGGGAGAAUUCACCACAAAUUGAAAUACAACUUUCAACUAUUUGUAAAAAUGUUCAUCAUAAUGACCAUAAACUGGUUUUUCUUCACUUUAUCAAAGUUCCCUCACAAUGCAUUUUUUUAUGCCUACGUAUUUUCAAAUUUCCUGCAGUCAGUGGGAAUAUUUUACGUAGCGAUCAUCAAUUCGAAAAAAGUACGAUUCCUAUUGCGACGUGCGUGUUGCCACGAAAAAUGUAUAUCAGCCUGUUGUCGGCCAGGUGCCCCAGAUGAAACAACUGAUUGGGGUGAGGAAAUGAUGGCUAUGAAUCUCAGCGGCUAUUAAGCUAUUCGGAGGAGUAAAAAUAUGAAAAUGACCAAAGACAUGUGCCUUAAUAGUUUUCGAAUACUUCAGAUUAGAAAUGACCUAUCAUGACCAUAUUUUAAGACUAGUUAAUUAUUUAUUAUGGAGUAUUAAGACACUUCAAUUCCAUUAUACGUAUUAGAUAACUGAUACUCGCCUAGUCUAUAAUUUUCCAUCGUUUUUCAUUGUAAAUAGUUUUUAUAAUCAAAAUUUCAUGUACUUACGUUUUUUUAUAAUAAUUUUUUAUUGAGUUUAAAUUUUAAGACGGUCACUGGUUUGUGUUAGCACUCAAAUGCCAUUUUUAAAAUGUUAUACUUUUUUUUUGAAGAGUAAAAAAUGUUCCCCGUAUUUUACAUUUCAACAGUAUUUUAGCAGCUAUGUGAUAUUUUUAAGAUUGUACUUAGAAAAUAUCAAACGACUAACAAUGUUGUGAUAGAUUAAUAUUGCAUUUAUGUGUGAUCUGAUUUUAUACGAGAAUUAGCGAAAAAUUUGUAUUUUUAAAAUAAAUUUUGAUUGACUCGAG